AGCUACUCGUAGCUUGCGAUUCAAUACAAUAUGUGAACUUGUCAACACAAAGAUGACAAGAGGGACUCCGGUUAAUCAGCAUGGUCUCAAGAUCAUAUCAUUACUUGAGAAAUUGGAAAAAUUGGAUUGUCCAUUUAAUGCUGAAGUUCAACAAGAUUUUUGUCUUUCGUCCCUCUCAUCAGAUUUUUCCCAAUUUGUUAUGAACUAUAAUAUGGGAAAGAUGGAAAGUUCCUUACCUGAGCUACUCAAUAUGGCUAUAGUAGCUGAAAAGAAUAUCUCAAAGGAUAAAGGGUUGAAAGGGACAGUUGCUGUGUUUGAAAAGAGUUCUUCCUCCUCUUCCAAAUCCAAACCGAAAGGUAAGGAUAAGGGAAAGAAGAAGAAAGGUUUUCUAAAACCCAAGAAAGGAAAAUUAACAAAGAAAGGCAAGGAACCGAAAGGAACUUGCUUUCACUGUGGAAAGGAUGGACAUUGGAAGAGAAAUUGCAAGGAUUACCUCGCAAGCUUAAAGAACAAGCCUUCGGAAGGGACUAGUAGGAAGUAGAAGACUCGGAAAAGGAGAAAUGGUGCUAACUGUGGGUAAUGGCACUAAGGUAGCUGCCAAAGCUGU